AUGGCUACACAUCCAGCGCCAGUCGACGACGACGCAACGGCCAAUGGCUUCAGCGGCUCCACGUCGUUCGCCGAACUGGGCGUCGAUCCGUCCAUCUGUGAGGCCAUUGCCGCGGUCGGGUGGUCCACGCCCAGCAAGAUCCAGCAACAAGCGAUUCCGUACGGGCUGAAAGGCCACGACAUUAUUGGACUGGCCGAAACGGGUUCAGGCAAAACGGGUGCGUUUGUGAUCCCGAUCUUGCAAAGUCUGUUGCAGAACCCGCAGCGGCUCUACGCACUCGUACUGGCACCGACGCGGGAAUUGGCCUACCAGAUCGGCGAGCAGUUUGAAGCGCUGGGCGCGUCCAUUGGUCUCAAAUGUACCUGUGUCGUUGGGGGCAUUGACAUGAUGCAGCAGCAGGUUGCGCUGGCGCGGAAGCCACACGUGGUGAUUGCCACGCCCGGACGGCUCGUGGACCACUUGGAAAACACCAAGGGCUUUAGUCUCCGCACGAUGCAGUGUCUUGUGCUGGACGAAGCCGAUCGGAUGCUGAGCAUGGACUUUGAAGAAGAGAUCAAUCAGAUUGUCCAGCUCAUGCCGAGCGACCGCACGACGUACUUGUUCUCUGCCACGAUGACGUCGAAAGUACGGAAGCUGCAGCGCGCGUCGCUGAAAGACCCGAUCAAAGUGGAAGUUACCCACAAAUUCGCGACGCCCGAGGCGCUGAAACAGCACUACCUCUUUAUUCCAGCCAAGUUCAAGGACUGCUACUUGGCGUACGUCUUGAAUGAAGUGGCAGGCCAGUCGGUGCUCAUUUUUGCCAGCACGUGCAACGGUACGCAGAAAGUGACGCUCAUGCUGCGCAACUUGGGCUUCCAAGCUAUUUGCCUGCACGGCCAAAUGCCGCAGCCCAGUCGUCUCGGCGCUCUGAAUCGAUUCAAAGCCAAAGCGAGAAAUGUGCUCGUGUGCACGGAUGUAGCGUCUCGAGGGCUGGACAUCCCGAGCGUUGACGUUGUCAUUAACUAUGAUAUCCCGACGCAUGGCAAGGACUACAUUCACCGAGUGGGGCGCACGGCCCGUGCUGGUCGAGCUGGUGUCGCGAUUUCCUUCGUCACGCAAUACGACGUUGAACUGUACCAGCGGAUUGAGCAUUUACUUGGCACGAAGCUCGACGCUUAUCCGUGCGAAGAAGAGACCGUGUUGGUCAUGUCCGAGCGCGUGAAUGAGGCGCAACGUAUUGCUACGAUUGAGAUGAAGGAUGCAGUUGCAAAUGGCACGGGUGCAAAGCGUGGACGGUAUGCACGGGACCUCGAAGACGGUGAGGACGGCGAAGGAAGUGAUAAACGAUACAAAUCGACGAGUCGUGUGCAGAAAGGAGGCCGAGGUGCAGGCCGUGGCCGUGGUGGAGGUCGUGGCCGUGGGGGACGCAGUGGCGGUCGAGGUGGUCAUAGUAAACGGAGUUAG